UACGGUACAUUUUGUGCAGAAUAACUGUUGUGACUGUUGCUGUGGCUAUGGCUGGUAUAGCCGUUAAUAGGGGUUACGUAUACGUAAUAGUGGCUGCUCUCUAUAUUACUUUUAUACUUUAGCAGUGUCGCCGCCGUCGCUACUGCUGCUUGCAAUAUUGUGUUCUGUUGUGUUACUAACUUGUGUAGUAAAUGGUUGAUCGCUUGAUUGCUAACAACAACACUUACCAGUAAAAAUUAAAUAAUGUACGAAGAUGGAAGAAAAAUUUUGUUACGCUUAAAGGACAUCAGUGCAAUUUAUUUGUUGACAAAAAAUAAUUUAUUAUUACAAAUAACAAAUAAUACAAAUAACAAUAAUAAACAAAUAAAAGCGUUAAAUGCAAUUAAAAUGAAAACAAUGAAAAAUCUUCGAAUGUCUAGUGUAUACCAUACAAAAAUGCUGUUCGACGUGUAGUGGCGGCACAAGCAAACGCACAGUAUUGAAGUAUAGUGUUUCCAUACUGAAAAAAAACUGCAUGGUAUUUUAAAUCAUAAUUUGCAUAUUGGUGUUUAAUAUCAAUGAAUACGCUCCCAUGUUAAACAUUUUAUAAAUACAUAUCCGACGACAUAAAUAAUAGUAAAUAGUGCAAGUGUGGGUGCUGUUAUUGGAUUUAGUAACAAUUUCCACUUCAGCUAAUCUACAAUUUUGGCAAAAAUACAUGUUAAUAAAUUAGAUGCACAGAUGCGUACACCCAUCAAAAACGAAUUCAUAGAAUUUGUGCUAGCCUGAAUAUCUUAUUUCAUUUCGUAUAUUUGAGGCCCAGCUGCAUUCUAAUUCGCGUAAUGAAAGAAUCCAAAACAACAAAUAAAAAAUUACGUAAGUUUCGGAAAAAAACAGGAAGCACUGCAAAUACAUCUCUCUCGAUAAGCACCUACAAAAAUAUCUUGAAUAAAAAUUCAAACUGGCAACGGAAGCAACGUUUAAAGAUUAAAAAUAAAUUAAAGCAUUCAGCACAGAAAUUUCGCGAGAAACGCAACUAUCACAAAAGCGAUCAGGCUUUACUAAAGAGUCAAAUAAGUGCAGCAUCAGCAAGGAAAUUUAAACGCAGUAUUAUAAAUAAAUCAAAUGAAAAUAUAGUGGCAUGUAAUGUACCCUUCGUACCAGCCAGAAGAGCCUCAAUUGAGGAAUUAGAGCUUGAAAAUAGAGCUCGCGUUAAACUCGAAUACAAAUACAAAGAAUCAUCAUUUGAUAUCGAUGCGGAUAAGAAAGUAAUACCCUUUGACAGUGUAUCGACAGGCGAAAAUUUACAAAAUCGCAAUGCAAUGCCCAAAACUAAAUACAGACCCAAUAAUUUGAAUUUCAGCGCACAAUACUGUAGAUGCUGUAAUAGUGUUGCAUGCAAUCACACACCCAAGAGCUCAGCUGACUUUGACAUAGGCGAUAAAAAAAGUUCAUUUGACUUGCCAAGCUUAAAGAAGAAUACAUAUCGCCAUGACCAUCACCAGACCUUUGUAAGCAACAAAAGCCAACUUCUACGGGAAACACUUUCAACUAUGCAACUUCAACAUCAUUUGAGCGUACAACAACAAGAACUGAUACAACAGCUCCAAUUAGUACAACGACAAUAUCUGAUCCAUCAAGGCUUUGUCAAACCAUUACAAUUGGACUUUCAAACGCAGCUUAAUAGUCCAUCGUCACCGUGUAGUAAUUUGUUAAGUCGUGGCCAACAGCACUUACAUUUUCAACAUCAGGCUGCGAAUGCAUUGACGAAAAGCAUUGAAACUCAUUAUGAAACAAAUUAUUUAUUGCAACAAAAGCAGCAACAACAAAUGUAUAUGCAGCACGAAGCUAAUCUGGCAAAACCAAUUAAUGAAUAUCGCAUACAACACAAUCAAGGACAACUUUACGAAAUGGAUGUUGAUACCAAAAAUGAGGACGAUAAUUUGAGCAUCAGCAAUAACAACAACAUCAACUCCAACAAUGUACGCGAUGUUUGCGAGAACAAGCAGUUUAUUAAGAUUAUUAAUCCUACAACUGUACAGGAGGAGCAGAAAUCCAAUGAAGAGCAUACAUCUAUGUUGGAAGCAGCAUAUAAAUCUACAAUAAGAAACCCACAAUAUAUGGAGAGUGAUGACGGUAGUUUGUGUGGUAACUUAAACCAUGGAAUUAUGCAAUCUAUGGAGGGAGCCGAACAGUUAUUGCAACAUACACCAACACAUUGUACCGCUGCACAUCUCUGCAAAGCUGCUACUAGCUGCAAUCACUUUAAGCAAUAUCAACGCAAUUCUAGAAGUAACGACGAUGGCAACAACAACAACAAUAUCAAAAUCUUUAAUAAUCACAGAUGUAUAACACGGCAGCAACAGCAGCAGCAGCGUGAAAAGGAUCAACACGAAAAAAUCAUGGAUGUGACAUCCGGAAACGAGGACGGCAAUGAUAGUUCUCAGCAUACUAGCAACAUAUUUCCUGAUGAGUCAAUGACACCCGUAGCAGAAACCAAUAUAGAUUUCGAGUCGCGCUUACGUCCCCCCGCGAAUGACAAAUUGUACAGCAGUAAAAAUGCGCAACAAAAUGCGAUUAACAUGCAUCAGCAUUUUCAGCAAAGCCAGUGCAGCACUCAAUGUUUGCUGCCGUCGUCACCGAUUUCAUCGAUUGGCGAACACAACAAUGGCAAUGACAGCCAAAAUUCCGCUGCUAAUGAAAUGGAUGAAUUCACAACUUGGGCGAAUCCCGACGACCAAGUCGGCAAUAUAACUGACGAUAUAAAUGCGUAUAUGCAUUACCAACAGAGCGGUACUGGUGGACGGAGCCGAAGUCACAGUCGAAGUAGAUGUAGCAGUAAUAGCAAUCAAAAUAGUAGCAUUGACAAUGGCAGUGAAACCCGCGACAAUAUCAAACGUCACACCUGCCCCGUUGAUAGUGCUGGCACACAAAUGGUCGAAGGCGCAACAGUCGCGAUUACGCCACCUAUGCGGCCUAUCAAUGCCAAACAGCAUAGAUUGCAGUCGGGACACAAAUUGGAAAUUACGCAGGCAUCAAGCAUAUAUCAUAUGGUCGAAUCAACAGUUAAAAACGACAUGUCACCGUUAUUGCGGAUAGAACAGCAAACCCAGGAACAGUCACAGCAACAGGAUGUAACACAAAAAUCAUCAACUUUGCUAACACUGCCGCCUCCGCGACCAAUAUUGUCGCCAAUAGCGACUUUGUCUGCUCCAACAAAGGGCAUACCAUCGAGGAUGCACGCAGCAGCAGCUGUAGCAGCCGCUGCAACGCAUGCACAAGCGCCACAUCACAAUGCAGCCGCAGCCGUAGCAGUAGCAGCUGCAGCAGCAGCUGCCGCAGCGGCCGCAAGCAGUGGCUGCAUAAGUGGUGCAACGAUGACGCCAAAUUUUGGUGGCCUGUUGGAUGCAAUAAGUGGCAGCUGUGGCGGCAGCAAUGAAACUCACAGCAUCGGUUAUAAUAGCACGAACACUACAGCGGUGAAUCAUGCCACAAAUGAUAGUGGCACCAAGAGCACCUACAGCCCAAAGAUGUACUACCACCCGCUAUAUGCGCACGGAAUAUGCCGUUGGCCGGGUUGUGAGCUGGCGCUCAAUGACUUCGUCGCCUUCGUAAAACACCUAAACAGCGAACAUAAUUUGGACGAUCGGUCCACAGCGCAAGCACGGGUUCAAAUGCAAGUCGUAUCACAGCUGGAAAUUCACUUGCAGAAGGAACGCGAUCGAUUACAGGCUAUGAUGCAUCACCUCUAUUUAACAAAACAAUUCUUAAGUCCUGAAAAACUAGACUCGAAGGAACCAUUGGAAUCACCUUACAGCAAUAUGUCAGCCAGCCUGAGCCCAACAGCUAUGGGAUCGGCGGUACCAUUGUCGAUGCCACAAGUAGCUAACUUACAAGGUGUAACUAAUUUGAAUAUGUCGAUGAAUUUAAAUAGCACUCAUACAAUACCAGUCACCAUUAGCUCACCUAUUCUGACCACGGCUAACAUAUCUGCGAUAAGAAAGCGAAUUGAUAAAAGCCCCAUUUCUCUAACUGGCGGUUUGCCUUAUAUGUUGGAAAGAGCCGGUUUGGAUGUCCAACAAGAAAUCCACCGAAAUCGAGAAUUUUAUAAAAAUGCUGAUGUAAGACCUCCAUUCACAUACGCUUCACUGAUACGGCAGUCUAUUAUAGAGUCACCGGACAAACAGUUAACUUUAAACGAAAUUUAUAACUGGUUUCAAAACACAUUCUGCUAUUUUCGGCGCAAUGCUGCAACAUGGAAGAAUGCCAUACGCACAAAUCUGUCGCUGCAUAAAUGCUUUGUGCGCUAUGAAGAUGACUUUGGCUCCUUUUGGAUGGUAGACGACAGUGAAUUCGUGAAACGACGCCAUUUAUCGCGUGGUCGUCCGCGCAAAUAUGAACCGUUGUCAUCGCCUAAGUCCAAUUCGCAGGCGUCCGCUGGUGCCGCUGCUGACAAUAACAACACCAGCAAGGAAGCAAGUGGCACCAGCGGUGCGCAGCAAUUGUUAAAUAGACAACAACAAAAGCAGAAACAGCGUAUUAGUCAAAAUGUCGGUCGCAACCUUUGCACCAAUGUGCAUUGUGACCGUGGUGAUCGUAGGGUACACGCUUGCCAUACUGUUACGGAUGCUGUUACGUCUGUAGAACCAAUCUCACUUGAUGCAAAACAAGGCAAUGCUAAUUGCAACAAUAAUAACAGCAUUAAAGUGAAGAGUCGAAAUAAUAAUUGUAACAUUAACAAAAACAACAACAUUCACAGUAAUAUUGUUAUUGAUAUGAAUAGCAAUAAUGGCGAUCAUGACGGCAUUGAUAUCUGCGAAGGUAGCCAAAGGCAUAUGAGCGAUAUUUGUAGCAAUAAUAAGACAGCGAAAUUAAAUACGCAACAAAAUUGUACCAGCAUGUCCAAUGAUAAUAAUCUUCUGUGCAUCAACAAUACUUUAAUUGGCAUUAACACGCUUAAAAAUUUUAGUAUGCUUGCAACGGCUUGCAACAAAGUCGAUAGUGCAAGUGGUAUCAAGAUCGCCAGCGAUGGCGUCGCCGCUGUAGAUAUUGAUGCCAUAAUUGCGGUGAACAACAGUGACGUUGGCAUAACUGGAAGCAAUCGUAACGGUACCAGUAUGUAUGGUGAUGUCGGCGGCGUUAGCAAUGAAACUGUUGAUGAUGUAAAUGAUUUAAAUGAUGUUGCCGUAGGUGUUGGUGAUAACGGUACCGACGGACUCACUUUCUCUUGCAACUAUCAGCCACACAACAUGCUUUAAAAACUUUUCAUUAAAUAAAAACACUUUAACGGCAUUUUGAAACCUAAAUGUCAAUUCUUUAAGAUAACUGACAUUGUUUCAAACAAAUAUGCACACAGGAACACAAUCCACGAUUCUCUGCCGACCUCACCAUCGUAUGGCAAACACGAUUAUUUGCCUAAUUUACAGAACAUGUGGACAUCCAUAUCUGAAGAUUCCACAGCAAUUGGUAUUGACCCAACAAGGCAAAUGCAUGAAAGCUAUCGACAUUUUGCAACAACUGCUGAAUUGCAUUUAACCCACCUACCGCAUAAAAUGCAAAUGAAUUCUCCAAAUCAUGCUGAUAUUCGGUGAGAUCUACUAUAAAUCAAGUAGGCAGUAUUACUGUCUAGCAUACAUAUGUACAUAUACCAUGCGUGUUGGAUCGUUUAAUCAAAAUAUUCUAUACAGAUUGCACGAACAUCAGCAGGCAACAUAUCAUGCCUAUCCACAUAAAGGUUAUAUUGCUCAACAGCAACAUAGCCAAUUGUAUCGACGACAACACCGUUAUUUACACAAUCACCAUCAUCAUUUGUCAUAUACCGCGCAGC